AUGAGGAAAUUGUCGCCGCGGCCGAACCACGCGCCUUUUCCACCCUUUUCUCGCCACUCGCGGGCUGCGACGUUCCCUCUCUCGUGGAACUCCUCUAGAGGCCACCUGCGCGAGGGGAAUUUUAUGCCUUUCCGGGGAGGUUAAGCGGGGCAAUUGAGAUAAGAGAACUCCAGCACCAUGAUGCACUUCUUGUUGAUUGCUUCUAAAGAUGGAAAUGUGCAGUUCUCACACUAUUUCACGCACUCUGACCAAAGAGGGCGAAUAGCUACAGAGAAGAGAGUUGUUUCAAAGUGUCUCUCAGCAGAAAAAGACUCGUGCCACUUUAUUCCUGAUGCAGAUUUCACCUUGAUCUUCCGUUGGUUUGGACCAUGUUUGUUUGUUGUGGCUGCUGAUGAAGCAGAAAACGAGUUGAUGGUGUACGAGUUUCUCAGCCUUUAUGUAAAUGCCCUCCAUCGGUAUUUUGGCAAAUUUUCUGAGAGACAUGUUCUUUUUAAUGUUGACAGACUUCACAUGGUACUUGAGGAAAUGGUUGUGGAUGGGGAAUUGGUCGAAUCCUCUAUUGGAAAUG